ACAUUUCGCUUCUUCGGCGAUUUUAGGAUUUUAACUUGUCACAUCCACCAAAGAGACAAAAAAUGCCGGCGGGACAUGGAGUUCGUGCUCGAACGAGGGAUCUGUUCGCUAGAGGGUUCAGGAAGAAGGGUACAAUUCCACUGUCCACUUACCUCAGGACCUUCAAGGUCGGCGAAUACGUCGAUGUCAAAGUGAACGGCGCCAUCCAUAAGGGUAUGCCUCACAAGUUCUACCACGGUCGUACUGGUCGUGUCUGGAACGUUACCAAACGUGCCGUUGGUGUCGAAGUCAACAAACAGAUUGGAAACAGGAUCAUAAAGAAGAGGCUUCAUGUGCGAGUGGAGCAUGUGCAGCAGUCUAGAUGUGCGGAAGAGUUCAAACUGAGGAUAAAGAAGAACGAUGAGUUGAAAGCUGCAGCCAAAGCUAGAGGCGAGACAAUAAGCACCAAGAGGCAGCCUAAAGGACCCAAACCAGGAUUCAUGGUUGAAGGUAUGACCUUGGAGACCGUCACUCCUAUCCCCUACGACGUCGUCAACGACCUCAAGGGAGGCUACUAGUUCUACUUUCUUCCCCGGCCUUGUUAUGUGUGUUUGGAGCUCUUCGUAUGCCUUGUAGCGACUUUAAAUUAUUUUGAACUAAUUUAUAUGAGUAUUUUGAAGUCCAA